UCAUCUGCUCUCAUUUCCCUGCUUUAACAUUUUUAACCAUUUGUAACGGUGUUGCCGGUAAAAUCUCCGAAAGGCACGUUUACGUAUUCCUGAGUGUUUAUUUUUGGUACUCGGAAAAAAGUCCAAUGAUAUAUUAGUUUAUAUAGUUAUAUUAACGAAACUUCAUCAUAUAAUAUUGCAAGGCUUUGAAGUGACUGUUUAUAACCGGCAUUAUGAGCCAAGUAAGUUCUCCCGUACGAUCGGAUAGGUAUGGAGAUACUAUGACAUCUCCUGCUCCAGACAUAGAUGAGCCAUUUGAAGAUGAAAGUGAAUUACUUGGUGAUAAUAAUGUUCAAAAUGAAGAGGAAGAAGAAGAAGAUGGAGAAGAGUUAUUUGGAGACAAUAUGGAAGCAGACUACCGUCCUAUGUCGGCAUUGGAUCGAUAUGAUCCCAAUCUGGUUGAUGAUGAAGAUUACUCGGAGUUAUCCCAAGGAGAUAGGCUAGCUGCUGAAGCAGAGAUGCAUAAGCGAGAUCGUGCUGCAGGAAUUAUUAGAGAUGAUAGAGAGCUUUUAUAUGAUGAAAGUGAUGACGAUGAAGUGCCUACACGUAAGCGACGUUUGGCUGAAAAAGCUGCAGAAGGUGAAUUAGAUGAUAUGGAGUUAAUUGAAUCGAUAGAAAAUUUGGAAGAUACUAAAGGUCAUUCGGUUAAAGAGUGGGUUAUGAUGUUAGGACCUCGUACAGAGAUCGCUAAUCGUUUUAAGAGCUUUCUAAGGCAGCAUAUGAAUUCCACUGGGCAGUAUAUAUAUAAAGAACGUAUUAGGCACAUGUGUGAAAGCAAUCAGUCUAGCUUUGUUGUUGAAUUUCCAAUUCUCGCAAGCAAAGAACAUGUACUAGCAUAUUUCUUACCUGAAGCUCCAUUUCAAAUGUUGGAAAUAUUUGAUGAAGUUGCAAAAGAAGUGGUUUUAACGAUUUUCCCAAGCUAUGAAAGAGUGACAUCUGAAAUUCACGUUAGGAUAUCAGAAUUACCUCUUAUAGAGGAGCUGCGCACAUUUAGAAAGUUGCAUCUGAAUCAGUUAGUAAGGACUCUUGGGGUGGUAACUGCAACUACUGGUGUUUUACCUCAAUUAUCUAUUGUUAAAUACGACUGCACAAAAUGCGGUAAUGUUCUUGGUCCAUUUGUUCAAUCUCAAAGCACGGAGGUUAAACCUGGCUCCUGUCCGGAGUGUCAAAGUAAUGGUCCAUUUAUGAUAAAUAUGGAACAAACUAUAUAUCGGAACUAUCAAAAGAUAAGCAUUCAAGAGUCUCCUGGUCGUGUUCCAGCUGGUCGAAUACCACGCACCAAAGACUGCAUUUUACUGUCUGAUUUGUGCGAUCGCUGCAAACCAGGCGAUGAGAUUGAUGUAACAGCCAUUUACACAAAUAGCUAUGAUGGAUCACUGAAUACUGAACAGGGUUUUCCAGUAUUUUCAACAGUGUUACUAGCAAAUCAUCUAUUUGUCAAAGAUUCUAAAGAAAUUGUUGAGUCUUUGACCGAGGAAGAUAUUAAUAGCAUAAUUUCCUUAAGUAAAGAUCAUCGCAUUGCUGAUCGGAUAGCAGCUAGUAUAGCUCCUUCGAUAUAUGGUCACGAAUACAUCAAGAUGGCACUUGCCUUAGUAAUAUUUGGUGGAGAACCUAAAAAUCCUGGUGAUAAACAUAAGGUGAGGGGUGAUAUAAAUGUUUUGCUAUGUGGAGAUCCGGGGACGGCGAAAUCUCAGUUUCUCAAAUAUACCGAGAAAAUAGCUCCGAGAGCAAUCUUUACGACAGGUCAGGGUGCUUCAGCAGUAGGUCUAACUGCUUACGUCAAACGGUCUCCGACAUCAAGAGAAUGGACGUUGGAAGCAGGUGCAUUGGUAUUAGCAGAUCAAGGAAUUUGCUUAAUCGAUGAGUUUGAUAAGAUGAACGAUCAAGAUCGGACGUCCAUUCAUGAGGCUAUGGAGCAGCAAAGCAUCUCUAUUUCUAAAGCCGGUAUCGUUACGACCUUACAUGCAAGAUGUUCUGUUAUUGCAGCAUCAAAUCCCAUUGGAGGACGAUAUGAUGCUAGCAUGACAUUUUCAGAAAACGUGGCUUUGUCAGAACCAAUCAUUUCACGUUUUGACAUUUUGUGUAUUGUUAAAGAUGAGGUUGAUCCCAUGCAGGAUCGGCAUUUAGCCAAAUUUGUUGUCAGUUCACACAUCAGGCACCAUCCUUCGAACGCCAAUCGAACUGUUCCCAUUGAAUUAAAUUCUAACAUACAAGACAUAUCAAUUCCACAAGAUCUCUUGAAGAAGUAUAUCGUAUAUGCAAGACAAAAUAUACAUCCUAAAUUGGCCAAUAUUGAUCAAGAUAAAAUUGCAAAAAUGUAUAGUCAACUUAGACAAGAGAGUCUGGCUACUGGGAGUUUACCCAUAACAGUACGUCAUAUUGAAAGUGUAAUUCGAAUGGCAGAAGCCAGUGCUAAACUGCAUUUGCGAGAUCAUGUGCGAGAGGAAGAUGUAAAUCUUGCAAUAAGAAUGAUGCUUGAUAGUUUUGUUGAAACUCAGAAAUAUUCUGUUAUGAAGAGUAUGCGGCAGACGUUUCAAAGAUAUCUGUCAUUUAAAAAGGACCACAGUGAAUUAUUGUACUAUAUACUUCGGCAGAUUACUCUGGAUACAUUGGCUUUUCAGAAAGCUUUGCAUGGUGGACGUGUUAGUACGAUUGAAAUUCCAGAAAAAGAUAUGCUGGAUCGGGCUAAACAAAUCGAUAUUCAUAAUUUGAGUUCAUUUUACGAAAGUGACAUAUUUAAGAUGAAUAAUUUUGUAUACAAUCCAAAAAGAAAAAUGAUAGUACAGACUCUCCCAGAAACUGCUGAUGAAUGAAAAAACUGAAACUGACGUUCAU